AUGAAGUUUUCGGCCACUCUUUGGCUCACGCCACUUAUCGCCUCGACGGUUCUCGCAUGCAAUGGUUACACCGGUGGUGUACCCGUGGCCACGAACACUGUCACCAAGUCUACCUACAUCGAGGUCAAGGCCGGCGAGGUCUACGACGGCCAAUGGCAGCGUUUCGACCGCGGCAGCGGUGCUUGCGGUGGCGAUAACGAAGGCGACUACAAAGAUGCCGUCUUCUACCUUCGCGCCGGUGCUACCCUGAAGAACGCAAUCAUCGGCAAGAACCAGGCAGAAGGUGUUCAUUGCGAUGGCCACUGCACCCUUGAGUUUGUCUGGUUCGAAGACGUCUGCGAGGACGCCAUUUCCAUCAAGAACGACAAGGCUGGCGCCCACUCCUGGAUCAUCGGCGGCGGUGCUUACAAAGCCUCAGAUAAGGUCGUGCAGCAUAACGGAUGCGGAACAGUCAAUAUCAUCAACUUCUUCGUCCAGGACUACGGGAAGCUCUACCGUUCGUGCGGCAACUGUAAGCGCAACGUCUACAUUGAGGGUGUAACGGCCAGAAACGGCGGAGAACUUGCGGGCAUUAACAAGAACUUUGGUGAUACUGCUACGCUGAAGAAUGUGUGCACUGAUGCCAAGACUCCCUGCCAGUUCUACCAGGGAUGCGCUGGUGGCUGUGAGCCUAAGAAAGACGGUGCUUGCUCCGGUUGA